UCACAACGGCUGGAUUGACCCAUCUAGAGUGAGGCACUACAAACCAAUGGCUCACUCUGCACAUGCUGCUCCUUGACUGAUGCUAGAGCAGACGUCACUGGGUCCCGCUUCAGCACCUCCUCCAGCUGGUGCCGCACACUGAUCCCAGCGCAGGGGGCUGCUGAGGCGUGGAGCACCGAGGCCUUGAGGAGAUGCAGGAGCGAACAGGAGGGGCAGAGCACAAAGCAGCUGCCGCUGUGGCUGGAGAGAAGCAGGGAACGGAACCAGAGAAGCAGCUUCUCCAGCACCGAUAAGGUGCCUUACUCCAACUCAUAGACCAGCUGAAGGACCCUAACCCCUGGUCGGCAGUCCGGCCACCCCAUUUCACAGCAGCUAACACACCCAGGGGUGGCUCUUCCCUUGACUGCAGUUGCAGGGGAGGGAACUACCCAAGAGAGUUGGGUGGGAAUAACUCUGGCUGAAGGAGGGGCUGGAUCCCACUAGCGUGACACCCGGGAGGCAGGAAGAUGCUCACAAAGGGUGGCUGAGGGACCUGCCAUACUCCGAGACGCUUGCCUGACGUGCCAUCAGUGACGCCAGUCAGCCCCUGCCAUGGGCUGUGGGGGCAGCCGGACGGACGGCCUGGAGCCGAGGUACCGGGAGAACUGGACCAAAGAGACGGAGUCUACCUGGCUGAUGAACACAGAUGCCGACAUCCCGCUCUCCGCCCUCCAGACCAUCCCACAGGAGAGCUCCCCUGGGGCUGCCUUUGACAGGGAGAAGAGCACGAUGAACUCAGGAGAUUUCUUUGACGAUGGGAUUCCUAACCCAGCGCAGGCCUACUUGAAAGUUUGCUCUGUGAUGUCUGAUUUGUCCUUGAAUGAAGUCAAAGCUCCAGCUGGUGGAAGUCAAGUAACCCACAAGCCAUUGAAUGGACUCUCGCCCUCUGGAACAACACUGCAGAAAAAAAGUGUGCUCUGUACUGAGGAGACCAAGUGGCGAUCCAACCGCAUGGCCAACAAGCAAGUCACCAUCAUGGUGACGCAGAACAUCCAGCAGAUCGACACAUCAGGGAGAAUCAUAGGGACCUCCUGCACCACCUAUGGGCUGGCAAACCCUGUGGGGGAGAAAGGAAAAGCCUAACUCCGAUCUUUCGUCAAUGUUUGGGCUCUGACAGGCAUCUUGUGGGCUAGCAGCAAAGACCACCUGCCCUGACCCAGUAGGAGAUACAUUAACACUCCUUCCAUCUUGAUAGGCUCCUAGAAUAAUCCCUCCCAGUGCUAUAUGCUUUGAUUCAGGUCUCUGGUGCCUACUCAGCCCAUUGGUGUGUGUUGGGGGGCAUGUGCACAGACUGCUAUUGAUCUCUGCGUAGCAGGGCUUAUCUCUCGCUAGCUGACUCCAUGAGACCCACUGCCUUUUGAAGGAGUCUCUGCAGAGCCCAAAGAUCUGAGGAGCUAGACAAGGCUCCCCGCCCCGCCCAAUUCCUGCCUAGGAAUGAUCCUUGGACGGAUGGACGAGAGGACAGAAUUGCACUAGCAAGCUCUGCUGCCAACAGCCAAGCACCACCGUGUGGUCAGCUCUGCAGUUCUUCUCCUUGCAAGGGAUAUUUCUUGGGAAGGAACACCCCCCCCCCAGGCUGUGGUUUCCCUUUGCAAAAGCAAGGAAGAGUCUGUCCCCUUCCCCAAGAGAAUGGGGGCAGCUGGACGCUGGCCUUCCACACACCGGAGGCUCCAGGACUGGGGACUCCAUUCUGCAUCACAUGUCACCAGUAGCUAAAUUCUGGCUGCAAAAUCUACACUAGAGAGGAGGAUGUGAGAGAUGGACAGAACACAGCUGGUUUUUCAAAUCCCUGGUGGACACUGGCUUGUACGCUGAACCAACCCGGACUUUGAUGAUAAUUAUAGCAGUUCCACAGAGCCACUCUCCGAACUAGACCCACCUUUUAAUCUUUGCUAGUCAACACCUGUCUGUAACCGAGGUGCGAAACGCUCAUUAGCACUCCCUCAACCCUCUGGGGCCAGAUCUGUCGCUGGGGGAAUUCGGCUUACCUCCACUGCAGUCAAUGGGGCUGGGCCAAUGUGCACCGGCUGAGACAGAAUGACUGGCUUUCUCCACUCUGCAAUCAGUCACAGCUCUAUUACGAUCUGCCCAGUGCCCUAGAAAAUGCUGGUACUAGACAGAGAGAUGAGAGAGAUGAAGGCUGGGGCUCUUAUAGGGAACUAAGGUCCCUCCCAGUGAAAUUCAACUCCCUUAGGCCCUUUGAAUCUCUCAGCCAAGGCCCCUGCCCCAAGCACCAUACAAUCCAAGAGCUUGAUCCUGAAAUCGCUGUCCACCAAGCACAAUGCUUAAUGCUGUCAGGGGUCUUCUGGACAGUGCAGUGCUCCUGGAGUCAAGCGUUUGCACAGCUUGACUCCAGUAUCUCCAGCCCUAAGGAUCUCGACGAGAGGUGGGGGAGUGGGAGUGGGGGUGGGGAAAGGAGAAUGAGGAUUGAUACGGUAUGUUGGUGUGAUCCCUUAGGGCUGUAACGUGCAUGUCUUGGUUGGUCCAUUUGAAAGUGGCUGUGGAUCAUAUAUGGAACUCCACCCAUUUGUAUCUGGGUGUGAGCACCAGCUUCUGGGCAGCUGCUCCCUGGCUUGGAGACCUGGGCUGCACAGGCCCUAGAGAAAGCAAAGCCUUCUGAUCAUGGGGCAAUGUUUUGGGCCAGGGGAGAAGGCAGGAGGUGAGGAUUUAACAGGAGCGAGGGAACUGGUGUCAAGAAGGAGGUUAAUGCAUUGGAGAGGGGUCAGAGAAGAGUCUCAAGAAUGAUUCAAGGAUUAGAGAACCUGUGCUGGAGCAGAGGUGGGCAAACUGCAGUGGCCUGUGGUACCGUCCUGCCUGGCUCCUGAGCUCCUGGCCCAGGAGGCUCAUCCCCGGCCCCUCCCCCGCUGUUCCCCCUCCCCCGCAGUUACUCCACCGCGCAGGCAGAGGGGCUGCGAGCUCCUGCCGCUCUGAGCGGCAUGGUAACGGGGUGGCAGUGGGGGAGGGGUUGGGUAGGGAGUCCUGGGGGGCAGUCAGGGGACAGGGAGCAGGGGAUGGUUCAAUGUG